AUGUCUGCGAAACAUCAAGAUUCUAUAAAAAUAAUUCCUGAAAUUGACGUGCCCUUGCUCAGGACUUUCCUGCUUCCAUGCAAUGUCCUCUUAGUCCUCAUCCUUGUUCUUCACUUCAUUGGAAUUCUCUGCUCCUUCCCGCAGCUGAUCCUCGUGGUGGGCGCCCUCACGGCCCUGGCCUCCGCCGUGCCCCGUCCCGACACUCCUCCCGUCUACGGCCCUCCUCACCCGACCUACAAGCAGCCAGGAAUGCCCUUCGAUUUCAGCUACGCCGUCAGGGACUACUCGGGCAACGACUACGCCCAUCAGGAGACCAGCGACGGUCACGUCACCUCCGGAUCGUACAGAGUGGCUCUUCCCGACGGCCGAACCGAGAUCGUGGAAUUCAGAGCCGAUCACGACAACGGCUACGUCGCCAACGUCGCCUACGAGGGGGAGGCCUCUUACCCCGCUCCCGCCCCCUCCUACCACCCCGCUCCCUCCUACCACGCCCCCGCCCCUUCUUACCACCCCACUCCCUCCUACCCACCACCCUCCACCUACCCACCUCCCCCACCCCACCCAUAUCAAUAGAACCCAUCCAUCCUCAGCGUGCAGGCGGCUCUGUCGAAAAGCGACACCAUCAACGUCCGCACAAAAGUCACAAGGCAAGCCAAGGCGCUUGCCAAACACUACGCGCCUCAUUACCUCCUGAAGUCCAUAGCCAAGCUCGCUGGCCCCUUCGCUCACUCGUCCUGUUCAUGUUUUCACGGGUGAGGCAGUGGGCGUCAGUGGGUCAUUCAGUCGUUAUAUUUUACGCUCGUAAAU